AUGUUUCUCAUGACACCAUCUCCUCUUUUGCUCCUCAUUGGGCUUGUUCGAGAAGGCCUUGCAUUGGCAUCCGAGUAUAACUUCGGAGGCUUUGAGUCUGAUCCAGCAUGCACAAAGGACGAUAAGAUCUACCUGGUUAGUCUGUAUGCACACUUUGACAGAGGAACAAUAGAUGCGAUCUUCUCUGCAUUUUCUGACUGCAAGGAUGAGAGAGAAGCCGUGGAACACUACCUGAAAACCAGGGUGAUAGGGCCUUACAACGACUACCUAUCUAAGUUCAAGGUGAAGAUAGGGUUCGAUGCAAAGGAUUACGAUGUCAACGAGCUUGUACCCGAAAAGAGGUUUGACAGCUCCUGUGAGCUUGUGGAGCCUGUAAGCUCAAGGACAAACACUGUACACGAGCGCCUUCUCAACACAUACAAAGACAGGAAGAUAGGAAUCCAUUUGUUCCUGUGGAGCUGCCCAUCCCACAAUGAAAAUAUAAUGCCUAAGAUAGUGAUUGGAGAACCUAAGGAAUGUGCAAGGUCGAUAGGUGUGUUAUGGAGAGGCACAGAAGACACGAUAGACUUCAUCAAAUCUGGAAUAUCCGAGGCCAUCUCUGGGGCAAAAGAUCUGUUUCUCAACCAGGAGUUUCCAAACUCCAAGGACGAAGAAAAGCUUUCCUAUGUCUGCCAGCAUGUGGAUACAUGCAUAGCUUCCAAGCCCAGUGUCAAUGGAGCAAUAAUCUUUGGGAUUGACGAAACAAGCGAUGAGGCUCCUUCCACACAUAUUGAUGUAGAUAGCCACCCAAGCGAGGUGUACAUCCCGCCUGAGAAAGGGUUCAGGGGGCAAAGAGUGAUAUACGUCAAUGAGCCUUCUGACUCUGCUGACGAUGACUGCAAGUACUAA